AUGGUGGUUGGAAAGAAGACAAAAAUAAAGGUUCUGGAAUUCAUAAACUCUAGACUUCAACUGGCUAUGCAAAGUAGUGAAUAUGUACUCAGAUACAAGCAGACUCUGAAAAGGAUCCAGCAGGGCAAAGCCAAGGUGCUCAUCUUAGCCCACAAUUGUCCUCUUUUGAGGAAAUCAGACACUGAGUUCUAUAGUAUAUUGCCCAAGACUGAUGUGCACCACAACAAUAGCAGCAAUACUGAAUUGGAUACAGCUUGUGGAAAGUACUGCACAGUAUCUACAUUGGACAUAGUUGAUCCAGGUGACUCUUUCGUCAUUGGAAGCAUGCCAGAGCAAACCACUGAAAAGUAA